CCCAACUCGACUGCAAAAUCCCUCUGGUAUUCGCCAGCGGAAAGUUGCCGGACGCGUUGACGCGCGGCAUGAUUGCCGGCAGACAUGGUUGGAUGCAGAAUUCUGGAACAAGGCAACGGGUAGGUUGUCUCGUACCUGCGUUCGUUCCUUCUGGAGAAGCGAUUCGGAUUCCCGAUUCGACCGCCGCUUUCUUGUAUUCUCUGUGCGAACGGACAGCUCGUGUGUCUUCCUUCACUCCCUCGUGCAUCCUUAAAGUCCAAAGUGCUUGCAAGUUGCACUCCACUCCACUCUGGCAUAAUUCUGCCCAUACCCAGGAACCCUAUGUACCCCCCCAUGUCACGACCCUGCUGUUCCCGAUCCCAACUUCCCAACUUCUGCGAGCCAUUUCCUUCCAUUCCAGAAAUAGCACAAAUUGCCAUCUCCCCCUCCAACCAGCCGGCGGCGGCGGGUGGCCGUUUGAUUCUGAAAGUCCGUGCGACCGUGUGGCCGCUGUCACAGAGCCACUUCCGUCGCUGCCGCUGGCGGUCAGCGAUGAUCUCUUCUCUUCUCCAGUGAAGGGUGGGCGAACGUUGGAACAGCAACAGCAACGGACGUCGGAACGGAUGUCGGACCCUGCCUUGGUGGCGGCGGUCGGCGGGCGUAUGUAGACGGUGGGCGCUGGGCGGUGGGCGGUUGCAUACCUGCAUACCAACCUGCAUAACCACCCGUCGAGACUCAACGUUGACGUCGGAGAAAAAGGACCUACAUAUAUUUUGGCUUGCGUGAGAGUCGGUAUACUUUAAGAGUCUGGGUAUUCCC